AUGGCAGAUAUUCAACCCCAAUUGCCUGCUAGUGGUGAUGAUUCUGGUUCCGAUGCAGGCCCCCCGGUACCCCUGGCACCCACCGAACCCACCCCAACUUGUGCGCGCUGCGUGAAGAGAAUGGUCCUCGAUCCUACUAAGAGCUGUGUGCUCCAUCAACAAAGCCGGCGUGCUCGAAAAAUGAAUGCCGAUACGAAGUGCACAUACUGCCAGUGCCAACGGGCAAGAUGUUACAAGUGCCCUUCAGCACUCAAGCCGGAGAUUUUGGAGCUUCAACAACGAGCCCGGGACUACAAUACCUGGGUCGAUGGACAAAACCUACUUCCGCCUGCUCUUCGUAGCACCUGGGUCUUGCCAAAAGAGAAGAUGCCGACUCAGUGCCCCACCAAUGCACCAGAUGUUUACAAAGAGCUACAUAGGGCUCAAAAAGUGGUUAUGAAUGGGAUUCCCAGAGCCCAGAAGGGUAUCUCUGGGUGGAAAACCAUGAGGAAAGGUAUCAAGCAUGAAAUCAUGGGACUGAAUCCUGUGGUUAGGAAUGGUGACAACCGUGGCUACUGGUGGUAA